AGUCUAUGGGCUAUGGGCAGUGGCAGACGAGUCGCAAAGGGGGCCGGACGUCUUGCUACAAUUUUUACUAAUUUAAUUCCAAGGAAACGAAACAACGCCAGGGUCAAAGUGCGAUGAAUCUCAUUCAAUGAUUACAUUGUUAUAAAAAUUGUGAGGUGUUUCAAGUAUCCUUCACCAUGGCGCCUUCAUUGUUUAGUUACGAAACCCUAGUGCAUGCGAUUGCAGGAGCUACAGGCAGUGUAGUUGGAAUGGCUGUGUUUUAUCCAUUGGAUACUUUGAGAUCAAGAAUACAAGUUGAAGAUUCCAAUAAACUGCAAGGAUCAUCUAUUGAACUUCUGCUAAAAUUAGCAAGUGAAGAAGGAUUGGAUUCCUUGUACCGUGGUUUGGCGCCUGUUCUACAGUCACUCUCUGUAUCCAAUUUUGUAUAUUUUUAUACAUUCCAUGGUUUACGUCGAAUGUCGUCGAAAGAUACAUCUGCGCUAAAAGACUUGAUGUUUGGUUUAAUUGCUGGCAGCAUUAAUGUUCUUCUCACUUCACCACUGUGGGUUGUUAACACUAGAAUGAAGCUGGAAAAGUCAACCUACAAUAGCUUGACAGAAGGGCUCAUAGAUCUAUUUAAAAAGGAAGGCGCGCGGGGUCUGUGGUCUGGUACAGUGCCAUCCCUGUUAUUAGUUUCGAACCCAGCAAUUCAGUUCAUGGUUUACGAGGCGUUAAAAAGACAAUUAAUAUCUAAAGGUCUAUUUGAUACAUUUUCUGCAUUUCUAAUAGGUGCUGUUGCAAAAGCUGUAGCAACCACUCUAACCUACCCACUCCAGUUGGUACAAUCAAGGCUUCGUGCUGGUACUAGUUUAAAGCCCUUGUUUAGGGACGUCAAAUCUAAGCCAUCUGUGGCAUUCCGUGGUUUAGAAGCGAAAUUAUUGCAGACUAUUAUGACGGCUGCUCUCAUGUUCAUUAUUUACGAAAAACUAGUCCGUUUGGUGUUAACAAUAAUGAGAGUACGGAUGGCUAGGCAUUGAGUUUCCUGAAAUUUUACAUCAAACAAACCAAAACCAGUUUUGUUGCAAUGUUGCGAUAUUAAACAAGGUCGUAUCUCAAUCUUGCAUGGAUUUAAAUCAAGGUUUCUAAAUACUUUAUAGGGAGCAUCUUUGGUGGCUUUGGACUUAAUUAUGAUGAAACAAUAUGUUGUGAUUUUAUAUUAAGUACUAAAUUAGAGCUAUUCGAUAGAGCUAUUCUAAAUUAGAGCGUUUUUGCCGUGAAAAUCUAGCAAUUAGGUACACCACGGCGGUGAAUUUUUUUUAUGGGUCGUAUUAAAAACGUGCCGUAUACAAGACGUCUUAUUGUCAUAAAAAGGAAGUAGGUUGUUACUUUAACUCAUCUAAGCAUAUGCCAAAUUCUUGCUUUAUUAGGCAAUUUUUUAUAUCGGUUUAUGAAUAUAAUUUAUACAGAGUGACGUAAUAUGCCUGCGUGUAAUCACAUGAUUACCAUCCAGUCAGGUAUUACAAAUACGCAGAUCCAGUGACCUUGACUGUUUGAACAUAAGUAUUAAGUCAAGGUUGUUAAGAUAAACAGUUAAGUGUGUAUAAUUUUGUCAUUGAUAGAGAAUUAGCAAUAUUGCUAAAGUCCCUGAUAAGGAAACCUAUAGUCUGCAAUGAAAUCGGGCAGACUUAUUGAAGUAGUUUCCUUAAGAUAAAAUAUUAUGUUUAAGCUUAACUAUCAUGUACAAAGUCCACUUGUACCGGAACCGGAUGGCAAGACAAAAUAGACAAAUUCUUCGUACAAUAUAAGCGUGAUCUAUACCUGAACCCUUUGUAAUGUUACCCCAUAGUACAAGUCAAAUGGCUUGACGAGCUAAUGCAGCGUAGUUAUGUCUUAGCAGGCCGAGCCCCAAACGCAUUAAAUAAAACUGUAGGUACCGACAGUCAAGAAAGAAAAAAAUAUGUUGCUGUGGUACAUUAACAACUGUGAUGAACUGUGUAACAAUAAGUGACUUAAAGUAUUCUAUUAACUUGCUACUACCGCAUUUGAGCUGAUAGUAAACAAGCAAACUUAAAGCCAAGCAAGUAAAACAUCCUGUUUGUUUUAGUCAUGUGACCAACAUUAUUUCACACUACGAAAUAUUGUAAGUACGUUUAAAAUCAUACUAUACCAUAAUAUUGACAUAGACAAUGCGCUUUGUGCAUCUCCAGGCAAUUAUUUAAUCAUGACAAGGACCUAUUUGAUGUUAUUUGCUCUCUUUAGUAAUUCAAUCUUAGAUGUACAUUUAAUUAUCUUGUGGAGGAUAUAUUACCCUUUAAAACUUUUUCGAGGUAUAUCAAAGUAAUAUUGGAAAAUUCCAUGUAGGUUUAAGAAUUUUGUGUUAAGGUGUGACUUUAAAUAUGGAUUUAAAGAUAAUUUUGCGUCACGGUCAUGUGAUGUAACAAAGGUAUAACUGGUCAGUAAAUAUAAUUUUGUGAUGGUGUAUGAUAAAUAAAUCAAUUCUAGGAUGGUAAGAGGAGGUGUCAGAUUAAUUCCAUGUUUUAUAAUUAUUUAUUUAUUUAAUAAAACGAGUUGGUUAUAAAAAAA